AGAGAAUCCAAAUCCAAACCUCACCGGCCGCGACGCGGCCCGCAGCCACGGCCUUCCGUAAUGUCAUAACUCCCCUUCUCGAGUCCAUCUCCAACCUCAUCCCUCCCACCCCAAUAAUACAUCCAGCCGGCGCCAUCAGGCCCGGCAACGCGCAAGCGGGGCUGACCAUCGAACCCUAGUCCCCGGCCGAGCCGCCCUCCGCCGAGCCUUGCGGCCGCUCUGCGUCAUCCCUCUUAGUCUCCCUCCGUUCGACACGGCUUGGAUCCGAGAUGGAAUCACCGCCCCUCACAGCUGAAGCAAUUGCUUAUACAGAGAAAAAGAUGGACAUGGCUUUGGAGGAUAUAAUUAAAAUGUCAAAGAAAAAGAAUCCUGGAGGCAAGAAACCCCCGAGGCAGCCGAUAAAAAAGCAUCCAUUCCAGAAUGGCAACUCUAAUAAAGGGAAUGGCAAGGUUCAAAGUUUUAUGGAGUCUAGAUCAACCAUUAGACAAGGUGUUCUUGCACAGAGAAGGUCAAAUCUUGGUGGAAAUCAGUUCCCUGCUACAAAGCAGGCUGCGAAGAAGGCUGCUGUUAUGCCAAUGCACAAGGGGGCUAUCCGUUGGAACAAGCCAAGUGCAAGUACCUUAGUGCAGAGGAGGCCUGUAGGUGGUGCUUUUCAGAAUGCCAAGGUCAAGGAGUCCAACCAGGCAGCACCAAGGACGAUGGAUGCACUCUUUGCACAGAUGAAGGCGCAACGCUUGAGGACGGUACCUCAACAGCAGGCAAAUUCUUCCCCCUGGAGUCAUUUCAACCAGCAUCGACGUGUUCAGCAGCAGCAGAGGCGAGGCAGAGGGUAUGGUGGCCGUAAUGUUGGCAACCAAUGAAUCCAACUAGACAUAUCUACUGCAUCGGAGCCCUUUCUCUUCACUGGUCUUUUGGACCUUGGAAGAAAGGACGCCCCUUGGAAAAUCAAACUUGGCUUUGUUUAUUGGAGGGGUGACAAUGGGCUCUAACUUGGCUUUGUUUAUUGGAGGGGUGACAUCGGGCUCUAAAUUUUACACUAAGAUUUAAGGAUCUGAUUAAGAUCAGGCCCUAUUUCUAUUCAUUUUUAAACUAAAAUUUAUUUAGUGUCCUACUAUUUUGUGAAGCGUUUGGAUCGUGAUCCAUUACCACCUCACCUUUGGACGUGGACAGGAUAUGAAGCGAAGUUUGUUUGAGUUUUCUAGUUGUGUGCAGUCUGCUUCCGUUUCAGCAUGUAUAAUGACAUGGAAAUUAUUUGGUCAGAGAUUAUGAUGUCUUGUUUCUUGGCU